AGGAUGAAAGUGGAAAAGUCAUCUAGACCCUGCUGCAAUAUUCUAAGAAUGGACAGAAAUAUUAAUGUUAGCAUUGUUCCCAGUAUCACUCAGUUGGAAAAUUUCCUCACUGAACAUAACUCAAAUGUUGUUUGGCUCCUUGUUGCUACAAUUUUGUCCUGUGCCUGGAUUAUUUACCUAACUUAUUACAAUUCCCGAAACAUUGGCUUUAUUUUAACAUUGAUCCUUAACAGAUUACAUAAAAAUGGCUAUAUCCAUAUUGGAUCCUUCUCAUUCUCUGUUCUGUCUGGAAAAAUCAUGGUUCGUGAAAUCUAUUACAUUACAGAAGAUUUCUCCAUUAGAAUCCAAGAUGGAUUUAUUAUAUUUCGUUGGUGGAAGAUGUACAAUCCAAAGCAGAAGCAACAUGAUCCUAAAGCAGAAACAAGAUUAUAUAUCAUGGUGAAUGAUUAUGAAUUUCACGUCUACAACCGCUCUUAUCUUUAUGCACAACUUCAGGAAUUAUUUGGUUUAGAGCCAACCAUAAUUCCUCCAAAAACAAAGGAUGAAAAAGCACGAGAAAAUGGGCAAGAGCAAACACAUACAAAUCUUGAUAGUGUCAAAGCAAAAGGUGAUUCUCAUGACCCUUCAUCUUCAUGGAGAUCUCUUAUUCCUGUAAUUAAAGUCAAUGUUAGCACGGGCCACUUAGCCUUUGGAAAUCAUUAUCUGCCUCAGACUAUAUGUAUUAACUUUGAUGAUGCUUCCUUAACUUAUACCACAAAGCCACCUUCAAGCCAUCUGGAUCAGUUUAUGCACAUUGUAAAAGGAAAACUGGAAAAUGUGAGAGUUAUGCUUGUUCCAAGUCCAAGAUAUGUUGGUCUUCAAAAUGAUGAGCCUCCAAGAUUAAUGGGAGAAGGUUUUGUUGUGAUGCAGUCAAAUGAUGUUGACAUCUAUUACUAUAUGGAUGAACCAGGUCUUGUACCAGAAGAAACUGAUGAAAGCAAUGAGGGAGAAACAAGUAAUGAAGACAGCAAAUUGCAAGACUUACCACCAUGCUGGGGAUUAGAUAUUGUUUGUGGCAAAGGAACAGAUUUUAAUUAUGGACCAUGGGCUGACCGGAAAAGGGAUUGUUUGUGGAAAUUUUUUUUCCCACCCGAUUAUCAAGUAAUGAAAGUUACAGAAGUUCCAGUUCCUGGGAAGCUAAGACAGAUCCUUGCUUUUGAGCUACGUAUGAAUAUUAUUGCAGAUGCUACUAUUGACUUGCUCUUUACAAAAAAUAGGGAAACUAAUGCAGUGCAUGUAAAUGUUGGAGCAGGUUCUUAUUUGGAAGUUAAUAUUCCCAUGACUGUCACUGAAAAUGGCUACUCUCCCACUAUUAAAGGACAACUUUUACAUAUAGAUGCUACCAGUAGUAUGCAGUUCCGGACUCUCUUAGAAGCAGAAAUGUUAGCUUUUCACAUUAACGCCUUUUAUCCCCGAACAUGGAACAUGACACAACUUUGGCAGACUGAAGUUGAAGUAUAUAAAGCUACUUACCAUUUCAUAUAUGCUCAAAAAAACUUCUUUACAGACUUGAUUGAAGAUUGGUGUGGUGACAGUUCUCCUGAUAUCUACUCAUUUGUUCCCUAUACAUGGAAUUUUAAAGUGAUGUUUCAUCAGUUUGAAAUGAUUUGGUCUGCAAAUCAGCACAAUUGGAUUGAUUGUUCUACAAAGCAACAGGAAAAUGUUUAUGUGGCUGCCUGUGGAGAAACAUUAAACAUAGUUUUCUCUUUGCCUUUUCUUGACUUUGUUCCAGUUACAUGCAGUACUAGAUUCUCUUUAAGAGGAGAUGGUCUUGAUGUUCAUUUACUUCUUCCUGACUGCCAUCCUAGUAAAUACUCCCUCUUUAUGUUGGUGAAAGAUUGUCAUCCUAAUAAAUUAAAUCCUGAGUCUUGUGCUCCUGUUGAUAGUCAGAGUGGACAGAAACUAAGCAAGUCUAAAUGGAGGAAUAUGACUCAAGAAGAGGCUGGCUGGGUUGAAUGCUGGACAAUACCAAGUAUUAUGCUUACAAUUGAUUAUGUGUGGCAUCCAAUUUAUCCCCAGAAGGUUAAGGAACAUUUGAUCCAAUCGUUGUCAGAAAUGGAAGAAACCAUAUUAUCUGCCCAGCGACCAUCACAGAAAAUGGCAGAUAGAGGAACAUCUCCUUCAGCUUCUUCCCGUCUUCCUAUUGACCCUUCUGAACUUCCGCCUGACAAACUUCGUGUAGAAUUAGAAGUUUCCCCAGAUUCCCAGAUAACUUUAUAUGGACCACUUUUAAAAGCAUUCCUGUCUAUAAAGGAAAAUUAUUUUGGUGAAGAUGAUAUGUAUACUGAUUUUGAAGAAGUCAUUUCAAGCCCUGUACUUUCUAUGUCAACAUCUUCAAGUUCUGGGUGGACAGCAGUUGGAGUGGAUGCUGACAAAAAAGAGCGUGAUACAUCAUUGAAACAAGUUAAUCCUCUAACUUUACGCCCAUGGGAUAUUACAGUGCUUGUUAAUGUGUUCAAAGUUCAUGGACGUUUGCCUGUACAUUGCACCUCUGAUGGUCCAGAAUGUCCUACUGGUUUUCUGGAAAGAUUAUGUUUUGAGAUGAAAAAGGGAUAUAAGGAAACCAUGUUGCAACUUGUAUUAUCACCAUUGAAUAUAUUCUUGAAUGACAGUUAUCAGAGACCUACUGUGGAUGAAGUACUUCGAGAGGGUCAUGUAAGCCUUUCAGGUCUGCAGCUACGUGCCCAUGCUAUGUUUUCAGCAGAAGGUUUGCCUGUGGAUAGUGACACUUUAGAAUAUGCCUGGUUAAUUGAUAUUCAGACUGGGAGCCUGACAGCCAAGGUUACAGUUCCACAGAUUGCAUAUCUGUUUGAAUGGGGACAAACAUUUGUGUUUCAUGUGGCAUGUCGUGAGUUCCAACUGGAAAGACCAAAAUCUGUCGUCAUAUGUCAACAUGGAAUUGAUCGUCGUUUUUGUGAAGCUAAGAUGAGUUGCAUUUCUGGCCCUUGUCUAACAUCUGAUGAAUUAAAAUAUACUAUGAUCCGCCUGGCAGUAGAUGGUGCAGAUGUACACGUUGUUGAGCAUGGUUGUGCUACAAAUAUAAAGAUGGGUGCUGUGCGCAUCUCUAGUUGCAAUCUCCACAAUCAGUCAGUUGGUGAAGGUAUAAGUGCUGCCAUUCAAGACUUCCAAAUACAACAGUAUAUUGAACAAGCAAAUAAUUGCCGAACUAGUCUUCAACCUGCGAUAUUACGGAGGGCAUAUUGGCUAGAAGCAGGAUCAAUCAAUUUUGGCCUUAUCACUGCUGAUGUUGCUUUAGCAGCAGACCGCUAUUCAAAGCAUGAAGCACAGAGACAUUUUUUGGAAAUUCAUGAUAGCAGAACAAAGAGACUAUGGUUUUUAUGGCCAGAUGAUAAUAUAAAGAAUAAAAGAAGCAAGAACAAAUGUGGUUGUCUUGGUGGCUGUCGGUUUUUUGGUGGCCCUGGGUCAGGAUUAGACUUCUUCAAGUUUGAAGAAUUGACACCAUCAAGUAGCUCUGCUUUUUCAAAUGCAAGUGCAGAAUCAGAUAUGUUUUAUGGGCAAUCUUUACUGCAACCUGGAGAAUGGAUUAUUACUAAAGAACUUCCAAAAAUUCCAGAUGGUAAGUCAAAUGGUAUAAAGACAAAAGAAUGGGAAUGCCGAACUGUAGGUACAGAAUCUGGAAGAAAAUCCCAGCAAUUAAAUUUGCAAGUACCUCUGCGAUCUCAUAGUUCUUCAUCAUCUUCAGAGGAGAAUAGUAGUUCUAGUGCUGCGCUUCCCUUGCUUGCAGGUGAUCGGGAAAGUCCUUCUUCUGCCAUGGAAGACCACUUAGGACAAAAGGUGCUCUUGACAGCUUCAAAAAAAGAAGAUGCCCAUGGAAGUAGUGUAGCAGAAGGAUCAGCAAAUAGCCCAGUAUCUCCUAAUCUACAAGAAAAGCCUGUUGGACAAUCUCCUCUUAGAUCUCCUUUGAAACGGCAAGAAUCAGUAUGUUCUGGUCGACUUGGAAGCACCAAAAGUCUUACUGCAGCUUUCUAUGGUGAUAAGCAGCCUGUUCCAGUUGGUGUACAGUUCAGCAGUGAUGUUUCCCGUAGUGAUGAAAAUGUCUUAGAUUCCCCAAAGCAAAGAAGAAGUUUUGGUUCUUUUCCUUAUACACCUUCUGCAGACUCAAAUUCAUUUCAUCAGUAUCGUUCUAUGGAUUCCAGCAUGUCAAUGGCUGAUAGUGAAGCCUACUUCUCGGCUGCUGAGGACUUUGAACCCAUCAGUAGUGAUGAAGGCCCAGGAACCUAUCCUGGGAGGAAAAAGAAGAGAAAACAAGCCAAACAAAUUGAUUAUGGGAGGGGAUCAAUGUAUCACAGUGUAGAAGGACCACUUACUACUACCUUUCAGGGAGAAACUAGUCAAGAUACAAAAACUGUACCAAUAAAAAUGCAUCCCUCGCAAGCUUCAUUUGUCUCUGCUUUGGGAGGAGAGGAUGAUCUUGUUGAACAUAUAUAUAUCAUAGAAACUGAGAAAGCUCCUGAGAAUGAACAAAUCACUUCCCAGCAGCCUUUAAUGAACUGCUACCAAAGCUACCUCACUCAGUACCAAGUGAUUAACUGGUCAAUAAAACAUCCAACAAAUAAAAGGACCUCCAAAUCAUCUUUACAUAGGCCAUUAGAUCUCGACACUCCAACUAGUGAAGAAAGUUCCUCAUAUUUUGAGCAGCUUUCUGUUCCAAGUUUUAAGAUUGUUAAACAAGGUCUUAAAGCUAAUGCUCUACUGGAUCGAGGAAUGCAGUUUACAGGAUCAACUUCUAACACUCCAUAUACACCUUUGGAAAAGAAAAUCCUUGAUAGCACAGAUGAGGAAACAGUAACAGAGGAAUGGACUCUUGAUCAUCCAAUUUGUCAGACCAGAACAACAGCUAUUGUUGAAGUAAAAGGAACUGUGGAUAUAGUUCUUAGUCCUCUUGUAGCAGAAGUUUUAGACAGGUAUAUAGAAGCAAUGGUGCACUGUGCAAGCACACGUCAUGCAGCAGCCAUUGUGGAUGAUUUGCAUUGUAAGGUUCUCAGAGAAGCUGUCCAGAAUAGAAAAACAACAUUUUCAGAAAAUCUAUCUUCUAAACAGGAUGUGAGAGGAACAAAAAUCGAAACCCCGGCUACUGGAACAACUCAAGUUAAGACACAAGCCAAUGUUUCUCUCAAACAAGAUAAUGUGACUAUUAAAGGCCUACAAGCCAAUGUUACAGUACCUAAGGUAAAUUUAUGUUUGCUUCAAGCAUCAAUUGAAGAAUCAUCGGGGACAGCCACAGCCAAAAAUGUAACUCAUGUUUCUUUAGUGGCUUUUUGCUUUGACAGGAUUGCCACACAAGUCCGUAUGAACAGAGGUGUGGUUGAAGAGAAUACAAACAGUGCAGAAACUAGGAGAGGUUCUGUAACUUUUGAGAAGUAUGUCCAUUCCAAUAAAAUGCAGCCCCAAUCCUCUGGCUCUCUACGAUCAAAUGCUGGAGCAGAAAAAGGAAAAGAAAUUGCAGCUAAACUUAAUAUUCAUCGUAUUCAUGGGCAACUCAGAGGUUUAGAUACUUCAGAUAUAGGAAUCUGUGCCAUAACAGCCAUUCCAUUUGAAAAAUCAAAAGUUCUUUUCACUUUGGAAGAGUUGGAUGAUUUUUCUUUUGUAGAUGAAAGUGAUCAUCAGGUAGUUCAAGAUAUAACACGAAUUGGGCCUAGCCAAGAAAAAUGGGGCUGGAUAAUGUUUGAAUGUGGAAUUGAAAAUCUGACAAUAAAAGGUGGUAGGCAAUGUGGUGCUAUAUUAUAUAAUGCAUUUGGGAAUAUAGGUAAAUCUGUAGCUACCGACAGAGGUGGAUUUCUUGCAUCCAAUAAUUCUUCAGAUUCUCCAACUGGCAGUGGUUACAAUACUGAUGUGUCUGAAGAAAUUCUCCACUGUGAUUGCGUUAGUGCUGGUUCUGAUACUCGUUCAAAUUCAGUUUCAGAUGAACAAGAUGAAGGGGUUGAAUCUGAUGAACUAAAAAAGGAUAAUCCCUUACGGCCACCCCCACCUGAUUCUUGCAGCAUGAAACUGACAAUCAAAGAAAUCUGGUUCAGUUUUGCAGCUCCAACAAAUGUUCGAACACCUGCCCAUAUAUUUUCAAGACAACUGAAUCUUCUGAGUACUGCAACUCCAGCCAUUGGGGCUUGGCUUGUUCCUAUUGAUCAAGUAAAGUCUUCUUUAAACAAAUUAGAAACAGAGGGAACCUUGCGUGUUUGUGCUGUCAUGGGAUGUAUAAUGACAGAAGCCUUAGAAAAUAAAAGUGUACACUUUCCUUUGAGAAGCAAGUACAACAAGCUCACAAGAUUAUCUCGUUAUCUACAAGAAAAUCCUUCGUGUCUGCUGUGCAAUAUUCUUCACCAUUAUCUUCAUCAAGCAACUUUUUCCAUCAUUGAGGAAGCAACCAUGAGUGAUGGCCUUCCUGCUCUGGUGACAUUAAAAAAAGGUCUCAUUGCAUUAGCAAGGCAGUGGAUGAAGUUCAUUGUGGUGACCCCCGCAUUCAAAGGGGUAAGUUUACACAGACCAACUCAGCCAAUAAAACUCCAGUCAACUGUACAACAGGAACAAGAGGAUGGCUUAGGUUUGGACAAUGUGGGAGGACUGCAAAGUGACACAAGCGCUGAUGGAGCAGAAUUUGAGUUUGAUGCAGCUACUGUCAGUGAACAUACAAUGCUUCUGGAAGGAAGUGGUACACGUCCCCCACCAGCUGCUGGGCCUGUAACUGGCGCUGAGAUUAUGAGGAAAUUAUCAAAGACUCAUACUCAUAGUGAUUCUGGCCUUAAAAUAAAGGGUAUCCAUCCAUAUCAUUCUCUGAGCUAUACCAGUGGAGAUACAGCUACAGACUCACCAAUGCAUGUUGGUCGUUCUGGGCUACUUGUUAAAGAAAGUCCAAGAAAAGAGAGUUUACUUAGCUAUUUGACUGGAAGUUUUCCUAGCCUACAUAAUCUUUUGGAGGGGACUCCUCAAAAAAAUACCACCGCCCCCAAAAGUAGUUCUUUAACAAGAACAGCAAACACCAUGCAAUCUGAAAUUCUAUCAGAACAUCCAUUAUUAUCCGAACCGUCUGUGAGUUUUUAUAACUGGAUGUCAAAUGCAGUUGGCAAUAGAGGAAAUACGGCUCAAGAAUCUCCUGCCACCAAAACUGGUCACAACAGUCUUCCAGCAGGUGUGGCUCCAAAUCUUCCAACUAUACCAUCAGCAUCUGACUUCAAUACAGUAAUGUCUAGUGACCAAAAUACAUUGGAUGGAACACAUUCACAACAUAGUACUAGCCAAGAUGAUAUUGUUGGUAUUGAGGAAGCUAACCAGGGACUCCCUGCUGUUCAACUUGCUGAUGCACAGGUUGUUUUCAAACCUCUUCUGAGCCACACAGGAAUUCAGCCUCAGGAUGUAGUACCAUUGUGCUACAGGAUGUACUUUGGUGAACAUCUCUCAUUCUCAGGAACUCUGGAUUGCCUUAGGGCAGACAUUGUUGAUUCAGAUACAGCAAAAGAGAGAAGAAGCAAAAGAGCACAAAGGCAAGGAUUAGUAAAUCUUCCUCCACUUGAAUUCAAACCAGCAUUAAUGUUGGAAACUUUUAGUAUUAGUGCUGUUAUAAUGGAGAAGUCGGUGAAUACACCUCAAAAUUCUACCAAUGCUCUUUCUUUUCAUGACUUUAACAAACGUCAUUAUAGCACGUUUCAUUGCAAUUUUACAAUCUCUUGUCAAUCUAUAAGCCAGCAUGUUGAUAUGGCACUUGUUCGACUUAUUCACCAAUUCAGCACCAUGAUAGAUGAUAUUAAAGCUACACAAACAGACAUCAAACUUAGUAGAUAUACAGCUGGCUCAGCUUCUCCAACACCAACCUUUAAAACUCGGAAACACAGAGACUUCCGUUCUUCCGAUUUCAGUCGCAGUUCUCGAGGCAGUCUUAAUGGUGUCAACAGAGUGAACAAUGCAAAAAAUAAACGAUCAAACAGUGAGAACAAUAAAAAAGAAUCUCGGAAUAAAAAUUCACUGGGAAGGGCAGAAAGAAGGACUUCUAAAGUAUCCAGAAAAGGUUCCAGGGAUGUUGUUGACCAUGUCACCAUUCAUAUGGAUGACUCUGAUUCAAUUACAGUGUCGGAACAGAGUGAACCUUCUGCAGAGUGCUGGCAAAAUAUGUAUAAACUGUUGAACUUUUAUUCUCUUAUCUCAGAUCCAACAGGAAUUUUAGAAAAAUCUUCUGAAACAUUUUAUCCAGCAGGAAUUCGGAGCCCUACAGAACCUGCAUGUAAAGUUGCAUUCGAAAAUGAACAGGAUAGCAGCAGCUUGAGCAGACCUCAGAGAAAACGUAGUUUGGUCACAACUGAACCUCAGCAUGUGACUCUAAUAAUCUUUGGAAUUGGCAUGGUAAACCGCACACAUCUUGAAGCAGAUAUUGGUGGGCUAACAAUGGAAUCAGAACUGAAGAGAAUCCAUGGUAGUUUUACACUCAAAGAAAAAAUGAAAGAUGUAUUGCACCAAAAGAUGACCGAGACAAGUGCUACCGCUCAUAUAGGUGGUGUUAAUAUUGUUCUCCUGGAAGGGAUCACACCAAAUAUCCAGCUGGAGGAUUUUCCUACAUCACCAACAAGCACAGCCAAACAGGAAUUUCUAACUGUGGUGAAAUGUAGUAUUGCCAAAUCGCAAGCUCUUUAUAGUGCCCAAAGAGGAGUGAAAACAAACAAUGCUGCCAUCUUCAAAGUAGGUGCUAUCAGCAUCAACAUUCCUCAGCAUCCAGCUACUCUUCACAGCAUGAUGGUUCGCAGUUCUCAUCAGCUUUCAAAACAAAUAUCGGAUCUCAUCAGACAACCAUCAGCAGUUUCACAACCUCCCAAAGAAGAUAUUGCAACCCCACUACCUGCAGAAAAAACACCUACAAGUGUAAACCAGACACCGGUGGAAACAAAUGAAUUUCCACAAUUGCCAGAAGGUUUGGAAAAGAAGCCGAUAGUUCUUAAAUUCAGUGCCAUGAUUGAUGGAAUUGCUAUUGGAGCAGCACUCUUGCCUUCAUUGAAAGCGGAAUACAAAAUGGGAAGAAUGCGAAGUCAUGGAAUGACAGGUGCGCAAACAAGAUUUACAUUUGAACUCCCAAAUCACAAGUUACGAUUCACUUCCAAAGUGUCUGCCACUGAUAUGUCUACCAUACCUCCUUCAGCUAGUCUCAACCUUCCUCCUGUGACAAUGUCAGGCAAAUAUAUUAUGGAGGAACAUGAUACUUACUCAGAUCAAAUAUGGAGUAUAGAUGAAUUGCCAGCUAAACAGGGCUAUUAUCUCCAGGGAAACUAUUUGCGUUGUGUGGCUGAGGUUGGGUCCUUUGAGCAUAACCUUUCAACAGAUCUUUUGAACCAUUUGGUUUUUGUGCAGAAAGUAUUUAUGAAAGAAGUCAAUGAAGUAAUACAGAAAGUCUCAGGAGGGGAACAACCUAUUCCUCUAUGGAAUGAACAUGAUGGAACAAAUGAUGGAGAAAAACCAAAAAUUCUCCUUUAUUCUUUGAGUCUUCAAUUUAAGGGAAUACAGGUAACAGCUACAACACCAUCAAUGUGGGCUGUACGCUUUGAAACAGGACUGAUAGAACUGGAGCUUUCAAAUAGAAUACAAGCCAAAGCCAUGCCUGGUGGCACCAGUUAUUUGAAACUUUUUGGAAAAUGCCAAGUGGAUUUAAAUUUGGCUUUAGGACAGAUUGUUAAACAUCAGGUAUAUGAAGAAGCUGGCUCCGACUUCCAUCAAGUUGCUUACUUUAAAACCAGAAUUGGAUUGAGAAAUGCCCUUAGAGAAGAAAUCAGUGGUUCGUCAGAUCGAGAAGCUGUACUUAUUACUCUGAAUAGGCCAAUAGUUUUUGCUCAGCCUGUGGCCUUUGACAGAGCUGUGCUCUUUUGGCUGAAUUACAAAGCGGCUUAUGAUAACUGGAAUGAACAGAGAAUGGCCUUGAAUAAAGAUGUUCAUAGGGCUACAAAGGAAAUUGUCGAUAUGCUACCAGGAAUACAGCAGACAUCUGCUCAAGCUUUUGGAACCCUUUUCCUCCAACUAACAGUUAAUGACUUGGGAAUUUGUCUCCCAAUUACAAACACACCACCGACAACCCACACAACUGACCUGGACACUGGCUCUGCAUUAGUCCUGACUAUUGAAAGCACUUUAAUUACUGCCUGCUCUUCAGAAUCCCUGGUCAGCAAAGGUCAUUUUAAAAACUUCUGCAUCCGCUUUGCUGAUGGCUUUGAAACCAGCUGGGAUGAUUGGAAGCCAGAAAUACGAGGAGAUCUCGUGAUGAAUGCUUGUGUAGUACCAGAUGGCACCUAUGAAGUGUGUUCAAGGACAACUGGGCAAGCAGCUGCAGAGAGUAACAGUGCUGGAACAUGGACUCUUAAUGUGCUGUGGAAGAUGUGUGGCAUUGAUGUACACAUGGAUCCUAACAUUGGGAAAAGAUUAAAUGCUUUAGGAAAUACUCUCACAACUUUGACAGGGGAAGAAGAUUUAGAUGACAUUGCUGAUUUGAACUCCGUUAAUAUAGCUGACCUGUCUGAUGAGGAUGAAAUUGAUACAAUGUCUCCCACAGUUAGCAUGAGAUCAGAUGGUGGUUCUUUAUAUGGAGACAUAUGCAAGCUCACUUUGGGGCAGCGGAUUGUAAAUCACCUCUUGGGUUUGAGCCCCAAAAGUCAACGUUACUCUGUUCCUGUAGAAUAUCUGGUGGGAUCAGCAUCAAGUUAUACGUCUUAUUCUAACAGUUCACACUUACAAGCGGGCAGGUCUUGCUCAUGGGGACAUGAGAAUGCUGACUACCGGAAGCAGGGAUCAUCAAACAAUCAGCCUGGAGAGCCAAGAGGAAGAAAAUAUGUGAAGCGCUUAGUUGAUAUCAGGGAGUUGAAUGAACAGGCUAAAGUAAUUGAUGACUUAAAAAAACUGGGUGCAAGUGAAGGAACAAUAAAUCAAGAAAUUCAACGGUACCAACAAUUAGAGUCAGUAGCUGUUAAUGACAUUCGGCGAGAUGUCCGUAAAAAGCUACGCAGGUCAAGUAUGAGGGCAGCAUCUCUGAAAGAUAAAUGGGGCUUAGGAUAUAAACCCAGCUAUAGUCGAACAAAAGGUAUUUCAGCUUCAGGAAGACCACCUCUGAAGAGAAUGGACAGAACAAGGCUUGGGGAAAGUGAAGAAGUUCCAGAAAUUUGUGUUGAAGGGCCAUCUGCUGGGUCCAGAGUAAUUUUCAAUCUACAAGAUAUGUUGAAUGGAAGAGGUUUGGGGAUUGCACAACAAUCCAGCUAUCCAGGGGAAGGGUAUUUUCAGUUUCCAGAGGAGACAGAAUUGGAUCUUUUGUCAGUAACUAUUGAUGAUCUAUCCCAUAACUCAUACACUAGUGAAGGAUCAUGCUCAGUAUUCAAUUCACCCCAAACUCCAGCUGUCUUCUCACCAAGCAUUCCUUUCCAGCCUGAAGAAGGAAGACGAGAUGACAGCUUGUCUUCAUCAAGUGAAGAUUCGGAAAAAGAGGAAGAUCAUGACAGAGAGAGGCCAUAUGUUUAUCGGAAAGCACUGACUCCUUCUCGUAAGAAAGCGACAGGUUUUGCUGCUGUUCACCAACUGUUUACUGAACGUUGGCCAACAUCUCCAGCCAACAGAAGUGUAACUGGAACAACUACUGAGAGGAAUAUUGACUUUGAACUUGACGUGAGAGUUGAAAUUGACUGUGGGAAGUGUGUACUUCAUCCAACAACACUCCAGCAAGAACAUGAUGACAUAAGCUUAAGAAGGACCUAUGAUCGCAGUUCCCGAAGUUUAGAUCAAGACUCUCCCUCUAAAAAAAGGAAAUUUCAAACUAACUAUGCAUCAACUACCCACUUACUGGCUGGAAAAAAAGUACCAGCAUCUCUUCAAACGAAAUCUACUGAUGUGGAAACAACAGUAUUUUACAUUCCUGGUGUAGAUGUUAAGCUACAUUACAAUUCUAAGAUGUUAAAAACUGAGUCGCCAAAUACAUCUCGAGGCUCAUCUCUUCAAAGAACCUUUUCCAAAGAAUCAAAGUUGUAUAAUAUGAAAGACGUUAUUCCUCCUACCCGUAUCAAGGCUAAAACCUUACUAACUCCUCAACCCCCACCUAUUCCAUCAGCCAAAGGUAAAGGAAGUGGUGGCAUAAAAACAGCAAAAUUGUAUGCUUGGGUUGCACUUCAGUCUUUGCCUGAGGAAAUGGUGAUUAGCCCUUGCCUGUUGGACUUUCUAGAAAAGGCCCUUGAAACAAUACCUAUAACUCCAAUAGAAAGGAAUUAUACAGCCAUCAGUUCACAAGAUGAAGAUAUUGGGCAAUUUGAUAUGCAAGAUCCUUUAGAAGAAUCCACAGCUUCCUUAGUAUCUUCAUCAACAUCAGCAUAUUCUUCUUUUCCUGUUGAUGUAGUGGUAUAUGUAAGAGUUCAGCCUUCACAAAUCAAGUUCAGCUGCUUACCUGUGUCACGGGUAGAAUGCAUGUUGAAACUUCCUUCCCUUGAUCUUGUAUUUUCUUCUAAUCGAGGAGAAUUAGAAACUUUAGGUUCAACCUGCCCUACAGAAAAUUCUUUACAAAGUGGAUCAAAGAUGCCAGUUAAAACUAUCUCACCAGGUUCUUCUCUUGGAUUAGGUAGCCCUUUUGGCAGAACACGGCAUAGUAGCAGCCAAUCAGAUUUGACAGGUUCUAGCAGCAGCUCUUCGGGUUUGAGUUUCACAGCCUGCAUGUCUGAUUUCUCCCUUUAUGUAUUUCAUCCAUAUGGAGCAGGAAAGCAAAAAACCACUGUGGCUGGCUUAUCUUCUGGAACAGGGACUAUAGAUGAAGAACCCUCGUCAGUUACUGGUCGCAAAGAUUCAUUGAGCAUCAACCUUGAGUUUGUAAAAGUUAGCCUAUCAAGAAUAAGGCGUUCAGGAGGUGCUACCUUUUUUGAGAAUCUCUCUGCAAGCAAAUCUGCCAACAAGAUGGAGACUACAUUAAUAAACAUAUCUGCUGUUUGUGAUAUAGGAUCUGCUUCUUUUAAAUAUGACAUGAGGAGACUGAGUGAGAUUCUAGCAUUUCCAAGAGCAUGGUACAGAAGGAGUAUUGCAAGACGCCUCUUUCUAGGUGAUCAAACAAUAAAUAUGCCAGUAACAUCAGGUCCUGGGACCCCAGAUUCUGUUGAAGGGCUGAACCAGCACAUAUCACCUGAAUCAUCAAGAAAAGCAUAUUGUAGGACCUGGGAGCAACCAAGUCAGUCUGCUUCAUUUUCCCAUAUGGCUCAGUCACCAAAUGUUUUCAAUGACCACAGUACUAAUAGCAAUUUGGCCUGUGGAACAGGGUCUCAUAACCUAAAAUCCCCUGCUGUUUCAAGAUCCAGAAGUGUAUCAGAUUCUUCAGUCCCUCAGAAAGAUCUUCUGUCAAAAACAUCAACUCCAUUUAAUAAAUCAAAUAAAGCUGGAGGUCAGCAAGUGACACCAUGGGAAACACUGGUUGUAUUUGCUAUGAAUUUGAAACAAUUAAAUGUACAAAUGAAUAUGAGCAACGUGAUGGGAAACACCACGUGGACUACUAGUGGUCUGAAAAGUCAGGGUCGUUUAUCUGUGGGCAGUAACAGGGACCGCGAAAUUAGUAUGUCAGUAGGACUGGGAAGAUCACAUUUGGAUUCUAGAGGUGGAGUGGUUGGUGGUACCAUAGAUGUUAAUGCCUUGGAGAUGGUGGCUCAUAUUUCAGAACAUCCUAACCAGCAACCAAGUCACAAAAUUCAGAUUACCAUGGGCUCUACUGAAGCCCGUGUGGAUUACAUGGGGUCUAGUAUUCUAAUGGGCAUUUUCAGUAACGCAGACCUUAAACUGCAGGAUGAGUGGAAAGUUAAUCUCUAUAAUACUUUGGAUUCCAGCAUAACUGAUAAGAGUGAGAUAUUUGUCCAUGGUGAUUUGAAAUGGGAUAUUUUUCAAGUCAUGAUUUCCAGAUCAACUACACCAGAUCUCAUCAAAAUAGGAAUGAAGCUCCAAGAAUUCUUUACUCAGCAGUUUGAUACAAGCAAGCGAGCUCUGUCCACAUGGGGGCCUGUUCCGUACUUUCCUUCCAAAACUGUUGCCAAUAAUAUAGAAAAAAGUUCACAACAGUUACUAGAUGCAGCACAUCAUCGCCACUGGCCAGGAGUUUUAAAGGUGAUGUCAGGGUGCCACAUAUCCUUAUUUCAGUUUCCCCUACCAGAAGAUGGAAAGUUUGGAGGGUCUAUGAGUUUGCAUGGAAAUCACAUGACUUUAGCAUGUUUUCAUGGACCUAAUUUUCGUUCAAAAUCGUGGGCUCUGUUUCAUCUUGAAGAACCUAAUAUUGCAUUUUGGACUGAAGCACAAAAAAUAUGGCAAGAAGGAUCCAGUGAACAUUCUACAUACGUUGUGCAAACACUAGACUUCCAUUUGGGUCACAAUACUAUGGUAACGAAACCAUGUGGUGCCCUACAAAGUCCCAUGGCAACAAUUACUAAAAUAACAAGGAGACGUCAUGAAAAUCCACCACAUGGAGUUGCAAGUGUAAAGGAAUGGUUCAAUUAUGUUACAGCUACACGAAAUGAAGAGUUAAACCUUCUCAGAAAUGUUGAUGCAAACAACCCAGAGCAUACUACAACAGUGAAGAGCUCUAGCUUGUUAAGUGGUUUCAGAGGUGGUUCCAGUUACAAUCAUGAGACUGAAACAAUAUUUGCAUUACCAAGGAUGCAGCUGGAUUUCAAAUCCAUUCAUGUUCAACAACCUCAGGAACCUUUAAUACAUGAUGCCAGUGCCAAGCCAAAGGUAGAAUGCAGUGUAGUAACAGAAUUCACAGAUCACAUAUGUGUAACUAUGGAUGCAGAAUUAAUAAUGUUCCUACAUGACUUAGUUUCUGCUUAUCUUAAAGAAAAGGAAAAAGCAGUCUUUCCACCUCGUGCUUUGUUUAGUCGGUCAGGACAAAAAAGCCCCAUCAGUGUACUUGAUGAGAGCACUACUGAAAAAGAAUUGGAAGAAAGUGUUACUUACACAACUGUGGAUUGGAGAGAAUUUAUCUGUAAUACUUGGCAUUUGGAGCCCACAUUGAGGUUAAUCUCUUGGACUGGAAGAAAAAUUGAUCCGGUUGGUGUGGAUUAUAUUCUUCAGAAGCUUGGUUUCCAUCAUGCAAGAACCACUAUUCCUAAGUGGCUUCAACGUGGAGUCAUGGAUCCCCUGGAUAAAGUUUUGUCAGUUCUCAUUAAAAAACUUGGCACUGCAUUACAGGAUGAAAAAGAAAAGAAAGGAAAAGACAAGGAAGAUCACUAAAAAUCCUAGAAUUAGGAUGGCAAAGCGAGACUUUUUAAAAUCAUUUCUUUUAUGGUAUGGUCACUGUAUGAUUUUAAAACAAUUUACACUGAAAAGAACCUAACAGCUUUUUUUGCUGCUAUAUUUAAAACUUCAUCAAUAUUAUGAAUAACUUAUUUUGAAAGAGAUGCCAUUUUGUGUUCAGUCUAGCACUGCAUGACCAAUGUUGUGAAGAAAACUAUGAAAGAACUGUUUGAUAUUUACAACUAUAUUGUGUGCAAUAUUCUGCAUCAGUUGUAUGUUUGUUAUACUUGAAAUAAAAAUUAAUAUCAAAUGCAA